CAAGUUGCAUCGAAGUUCAUGGGAAAAGUCUCCCUCGCUCCUGUCCAGUCUGACGGUGAGUCGAUGGUAGACUUCAACCGCGUUUUGUUUUUGGAUUUAAUUAUUGAGCAACAAACGUUGUCAGCAUGUCUCUGUCGGAUCAGCAGCAGUGGUGUCCCACAAGCGUCCAGGUAACGGUGCUCCAAGCCAGAGGCCUCAGGACGAAGGGGAAAAGUGGCACGAACGAUGCGUACGCGGUCAUGCAAGUGGGCAAGGAGAAGUAUCAGACCUCGGUGAUGGAGAAGAGCGUGGCGCCGGUGUGGAAGGAGGAGGCCGCUUUCGACCUUCCGACGCUGCAUGGAGGAGGUGGAGGAGGCACGGAGCGCAGCACGCUGCAUGUCCACGUCCUGCACAGGGCCCUUGUGGGUCCAGACAAACUGCUGGGACAAGCUGUCAUCAACCUGCUGCAGCUCAGUGAGGACAAAACCCGCGACAAGACCCAAUGGUUUAAGUUGCUGGACAAGACUGGCAAGGCAGACAAAGACAGAGGAGAGGUGCUGGUCGACAUCCAGUUCAUGAGACACAACAUGACGGCCAGCAUGUUUGACCUCUCUGCUGCUGGAAAAUCCAGAUCUCGCCUGGGCAAGUUCAAGGACAAAGUUCGCGGCAAGAAAAAGGAAUCGGAUGCUUCAUCAAACGUGGUGCCAUCCUUCACUCAGGUUCUGACAGACAGCGAAGAGGAGGGAAACGGGGAUGCUGAGGUCGCUGCAGACAAGGAUGAAAAAAAGAAGAAACAUAAGAUGAAGUCUCUGUUUUCUCCCAAGUCUAACCUGCAGAAGAACAUGUCUCAGUCCAUGUCUGUCCUGCCUGCAAAGAACUCCUCACUGAGCGGCAGCCAGUCGUCUGGUCUAAAUGUGGAUUCCUCUGAAGGUAAAAAGAAGUUCAAGUUCAAGAUACACAAACGCUCGGGCAGCUCUGGCAGCAAAGAUCCCGCCUCUGGUCACCAGAAACAAGGCGCUGCUGAACAGAGUAAUUUGUGCAUUAAUGGCAGUCACGUUUACUGUGAGGAGCCGCCGCCGCGCACUUCUCGCAUCGGCUCAAACUACAGCCUGACCAGUUCAGGCCGCGGAUCCAUGGAGGACGUCCCCGACAGCUCUCCUCCAUCUGUUGAUUCACUGAGGGGGGCGAGGCAGUGUUCGCCAUGGACAGAGGAGGAGGAGGAAGUAGAAAAUAUAAAGGAGGAUGUGGGUGAACUAAGAGAAGAGGAAGAGGAAAGGAUUAAGAUGGAGGAGGAGGAGAGGAGGAGAAGAGAAGAAGAGGAGAGUGCUAGGAGACAAGAAGAAGAGCUUGAGAGGGUUGUUGAGGAGAAGAGGAGACAAGAGGAACAAGAAAGAAGAAGGAUUGAAGAGGAGAACCUUAAAAAGGAGGAAGAAGAAAGAAUAAGGAGGGAGGAGAGAAGGAGGCAAGAGGAAGAGGAGCAAUUAAGGAGGGACGAAGAAGAGCGUGAAAGAUUAGCUGAGGAAAAGAGGAAACUGGAGGAGGAAGAAAGGAGGAUAAUUGAAGAAGAAAAAAGGAAAAGAGAGGAAGAGGAAAGGGCACAAGAAGAGAGGAGGAAACAAGAGGAAGAGGAGAGAGUGAGAAGGGAAGAAAAGAGGAGACAACAGGAAGAAGAGCGUGUUAUGAGAGAGGAGGAGGAAGAGCGUGAAAGAUUAGCAGAGGAAAAGAGGAGAUUGGAGGAGCAAGAAAGGAGGAGAAUUGAAGAGGAAAGGGUGCAGGAAGAAAAGAGGAGACAAGAGGAAGAGGAGCGCGUAAGGAGAGAAGAAGAAGAAGAGCGUGAAAGAUUAGCAGAGGAAAAGUGGAGACUAGAGGAGCAAGAAAGGAGGAGAAUUGAAGAGGAAAGGGUGCAGGAAGAAAAGAGGAGACAAGAAGAAGAGGAGUGUGAAAGAUUAGCAGAGGAAAAGAGGAGACUACAGGAGCAGGAAAGAAGGAUUGAAGAGGAGAGAAUUAGAAAGGAGGAAGAGGAGAGGGCUGAGGAUGAAAAGAGGAGACGAGAAGAAGAGGAGCGUGAGGCAAAGAGAAGGCUUGAGGAGCAAGAAAGGAGGCGAAGGGAGGAAGAGGAAAUGCUCAGGAUGGAGGAGGAAAGAGCUCAGGAAGAAAGGAGGAGACAAGAGGAAGAAGAGAUUAAAUUAGCAAAGGAAAAGAGGAGACUAGAGGAAGAAGAAAGAAGAAUUAAAGAAGAGAAAAUUAGAAAAGAGGAGGAAGAGAGGAUCAGGAAAGAGGAAGAGAGGAUGAGACUAGAAAAAGAGAUGAUGAGGAGACUAGAAGAGGAGCGUGAGGAAAAACGGAGGCUGGAGGAACAAGAAAGGAGGCAAAGGGAGGAAGAGGAAAGGAUAAAGAAAGAGGAGGAGGCUAAGAAGGAAAAGGAAGAGUUUGAGAGAUUGCUAGAGGAAAAGAGGAAACUAGAGGAGGAAGAAAGGAAAAGGAUUGAGGCAGAAGAGAAGAUGAGAAGGGAGGAAGAGGAAAGGAUACGGGUGGAGGAAGAGAGGAGAAAGAAAGAAGAGGAAGAGGAGAGUGCUAAGAGGCAAGAAGAGGAGCGUGAGAGGUUGGCACAGGAGAAGAGGAAACUAGAAGAGCAAGAAAGAAGAAUUGAGGAGGAAGAAAAAAGGCAGAAAGAGGAGGAGGAAAGGAUUAGGAAAGAGGAGGAGAGGAGACAAGAGGAAGAGGAGAGGGUUAGGAAGGAAAAGGAAGAAGAAAAAGCGAGACAAGAGGAACAAGAGAGGAAGAGAAUAGAGGAAGAGGAGAGGAUUAGGAGGGAGGAAAACGCUGAAAAGGAGAGGAGAGAAGAGGAGGCCAGGAAGCUGGAGAAGGAGAAGUUAGCAAGAGAUGCAGAAGAACACAAGAAGAGGGAAAAUACAACCAAAGCCAAAGCUCCGGGGAGGAAACUUAAAGCAGAGACGCCUGCAGAAGUCACUUCUACCAAUCCAUUUGAUGAGAGUCCUGACAGCAGCACGGCCAGAGAGUCAGCUGUCAAACAAAGAAUCCAACUUGGUGCAUCAUUGGAAAGAAGCAAACCCAUUUCCACUGAUGAAAAGAAUCCUAUUAGUGCUCAACGGGAGAGGCGACCAGCUCCACAGCCCCCAGGAAGUAAUCAAGCUGAGCGACAGAGUCAGAGGGAGCAGGACGCGUCUACACGACAUCUGGCACAAACUAACAAGCAGAGUAAAGACAAAGACAUCAGAACUGUGAGUGUUCUCCCUCAGCGCUUGGUACAAAUGAUCGCUCCUCUUGGUAAGUCCCCCACAGAUGCAAAGAACACCCAGAGCUUGACGCAAAGCAGCACCAAACCCAGUAAACGCCCUGCGCCGUCGAGACCUUGUUCUGUGGAAGAUGAGCCAUCAUCUGAACACAAAACAGCCUUAUCGCCUUCUGAUGGCAACAUUUCCGCUAAAAGUAUCUCUGAGGCAAAACAAGCCCCAAUUGUUUACAGUUUAAAUCCAUUUGAAGAUGACGAAGAUGAAGCUGAAGCCCAAGAUGAUACAACAACCUCUGGUAAUACCGGUUCAGCACAGUGGCCUCCAGCUGGGUCACAAGCUGCUGAUAAAGAUGCUGCCUCUCAAGCAAAAGUCAAAUCCUCAAAGACCCGAGCUCCCCCAGUUCCUGCAAUGAAAGCUGCCAAGUCCAGCACUUCGAUCAACCAAAGCACUGAUGGAGACCAUGUUACGGAUGAUACAGGUGUGUCUGUACCUGUUAAAAGUUCACCUGACCCAGAGACUGAAAAACCUGUCAGUGUCCAGGAGGCUCCACUACAAGAGUCCCAGCCCGUGAAGGUGCAGCGUGCUGGGGAAGAGGCAGGUGGGAAGAAGGAGGGGCAGCCUGUCGCGUCACGCAGGCUUCAACCUGUAAAACCGCUUAAUCCUUUAGAACAGCAGCCUGUUUCAGUCGUUCAAGGGGAAAAAGAGAACAAAUCAACAAAAAUCAUUUGUGAAGUUCAGGAGAAAACGAAGUCACAGGUAAAUGACGGUGGGCUGAAAGGGCCCUUUUCUCAGCUGACUCAAGAGGAGCUCAUCUCUCUGGUGCUCAAACAGGAAACACAGCUCUCAGAGAGAGACAAGAAGAUAGCAGAGCUGGAGCAGUACAUCGACAACUUGAUUGUGCGCAUUAUAGAUGAGAAACCAGAAAUUCUCAUGUCUGUGAACUCUCUCAAGAAGGCUGCUUAGGUGGAUCCAUAGCUGACACUUUACUCCCACUGUACCUAAUCAGUUCAGACCCAGUGAUUUGGCAGUACCACAGCAGCAACUACAGAAUAUUUGUUUAUUAUAUUAUGAAAGGUAACUGGAGGAAAAGUUUACAAAGUUUAAAAAUUAAGAGUCCAUGUACUGGCAUAAUGAAUAAUGAUGAAGAUAUGAGUAUAUUUGGUAAAAGACAGAAUCUGUUUCAGUUUGAGCUAUGAGCUGUACAACUGUCAACUUGCAAUCAAAGAUAUUAAUGAGUACAAAGUACAUUUUUCUAAAAAAAAAAAAAAAGAAUAAUAUUUUUGACACUUUGAAAGAGUAUGUUUGACAUUUAAACAACCUGUUUUGUGUAUUUGUUUUGACUACUUUCAUGUUGAGUUUAAAAUCAUUUCCAGAAAUCACUGUAAAAAUUAAAAAAAAAAAACAAAAAACAAAACAGCAGCUUCCUGUCCCGUGGAGGUAUCUCCAGUAUGAAGAAGAGCCUUAAUUUACUAAACUAUGCACUAGUUAUGUAGAUAACGAUUCUUGCCCUUGUACUGAAUGUCAAAGUUUACGUGAUUCUACUAACCCCCAAAUGGCACUUUACUCAGCUUGUAUUAACAUAAUGCACACUGAAUUACUGUACUGUACUUAGUUAUGGUAUUAAGAUAUGCAAAAUACAAUAAAUGUCUUUCUUGUUCUAAUAAACAUAAUUUCUG